CCCAGGGCAGGUCUUCUCCAGUCCCCCAGUGCUGCAGCUGUUCCCAAGGACCCAAAGGGCAGCUGGCUUUUAUACCUUCUGACCCAGCCAGGAGCUGAUGCAAGAGGUUGCAAGAUUGACUGCAGUCUCUCUUUGGAAUUAGAGUCACACAGGGGUCUCAGUCCUUGCAGCACUUACCUGGGACCUCAGCUGUCUCAAGAAACAGCAACCCAGAGGAGCGAGCAAGCAAGCAAGCAGGCACCCAGAUGCUCAUGUACUGACUGCCAGGACAGGUCUUCUCCAGUCCCCCAGUGCUGCAGCUGUACUUGACAUCCAGGCACUGCAUCUGCAAAGGAAAGUUUGUCCAGCUUGUAGACUUUGGUCUUUUACAUCCACAUAUUGAUUAAUCUGGUAUCCUGCACUUUUUAUUCAGAGAAACCUGUGGUAGAAGUUCAUCUGAAAUCAAAUGGACUGUCCUAUGACACUUAUUUCUCAUUUUGUGAUGUGUAAAUCUUAAACCACUCUGAUAGUAGUGGUGGUUUGUUUCCGUAAUUAGAAACUCUGAAAUGGAUGUGUUUUCUUGCAAUGCAACAACAUUUUCUCAAAUCUGCAUAGGAUUGGGACAGAAGGCGGAGGACCCAAUUUUCCAGGUCUGGUGAGGGUCGUGAACUUCAGUUAAUCACAGUGGCUACAGCUUUAAAAAUUAGUAAAUAUGUGGACAGAGGAUGAAGAUUGCAGCUAUAUUCACUAGAAAGGGCCACUACCUGUCAUAAUCAUAUUGUCACUGAGCCCCACAGAGAAGGGCCUAUUGUCGGAUGUACAUUCAUGCUGAAUGCAUUGAUGCUGAGUAUUUUCUUAUUUGCUCUACAUUAUGCUGAAAAUCUGGCCUAUGUGAUGGACAAGACUCGCAUAGUAGACAAUUUCUGAGAUGGGAGGAGCGCAAUGGCGAUAUAAUUGGAACACCUAAAAACUAUUCUUAAAGUCCAGUGUGUUGAAACUUGUCAAAUACAGUCUCUUAUGCCCUGGAUUAGGCUAUGCUUCUUUCUGAUUCCUAUUAUUCAGAAUCAGGCCAAAGUUUCAUAGGAUAAGCCAAAAGAUCUGUGAAUUGUGCAAAGAUGUCUACUGACUUAGACGGUCUGCCGCAAAGUUGGAUUUCAUUCAUAUGUGAUGCUCCUGUGGAUAGCAACUGAUCCAUAUCAGGAGAGUUACUCACUGUAGAAUUGAGUGGAUAUGGAUGACUAAACUAGGACUUUGUUGUCUGUGAACGCCAGAAGCCCCUGGAAGCAAAGAAAAUCACCACUGGAUCCAGCCAAUUAUUUUGGUGACUUCUCUCCCUAUGCUCAGAUCAGGGAUUGGCCCUUUGACAUCACAUCUGAUAUAAUGACUAUUUGUUGCAGUUCUCAACAACAGCUUCACAGUUAUUGACAAGUUUAGGACGCUGAGGAGCCAUGUGUGAUGAUGAUGAAACCACAGCUCUUGUCUGUGAUAAUGGCUCUGGGCUUUGUAAAGCUGGAUUUGCUGGAGAUGAUGCUCCGCGAGCUGUUUUUCCAUCCAUUGUCGGAAGACCUCGGCACCAGGGGGUUAUGGUAGGAAUGGGCCAAAAAGACAGCUAUGUUGGGGAUGAAGCACAGAGUAAAAGAGGGAUUCUGACCCUGAAAUAUCCCAUUGAACAUGGGAUUAUCACUAACUGGGAUGACAUGGAAAAGAUUUGGCAUCAUUCCUUCUACAAUGAACUCCGGGUUGCCCCAGAAGAGCAUCCUGUGCUGCUAACAGAAGCACCUUUAAACCCCAAGGCUAACCGAGAAAAAAUGACUCAGAUAAUGUUUGAAACAUUCAAUGUACCAGCAAUGUAUGUGGCCAUUCAGGCAGUUCUCUCUCUCUAUGCAUCUGGUAGAACUACUGGGAUAGUUCUGGACUCCGGGGAUGGUGUCACGCAUAAUGUACCUAUCUAUGAAGGUUAUGCCCUACCACAUGCUAUAAUGAGACUGGAUCUGGCUGGGAGAGAUCUCACUGACUAUCUUAUGAAAAUUCUUACAGAGAGAGGAUAUUCUUUUGUUACUACUGCGGAGCGUGAGAUUGUGCGAGAUAUCAAGGAGAAGCUCUGCUAUGUGGCUCUGGACUUUGAGAAUGAAAUGGCUACUGCUGCUUCCUCCUCUUCCCUGGAGAAGAGCUACGAACUCCCUGAUGGUCAAGUCAUCACUAUUGGCAAUGAACGGUUUCGAUGCCCCGAAACUCUCUUCCAGCCAUCGUUCAUAGGAAUGGAGUCUGCUGGUGUCCAUGAAACAACCUAUAACAGCAUAAUGAAAUGUGAUAUUGACAUCCGUAAAGAUCUUUAUGCUAAUAAUGUGCUUUCUGGAGGAACUACUAUGUACCCUGGCAUUGGCGACCGUAUGCAGAAGGAGAUUACUGCUUUGGCUCCAAGCACUAUGAAGAUUAAGAUGAUUGCACCUCCAGAACGCAAAUAUUCUGUCUGGAUUGGAGGAUCCAUAUUGGCUUCUCUUUCGACCUUCCAGCAAAUGUGGAUCAGCAAAGAUGAAUAUGAAGAAGCUGGUCCAUCCAUUGUCCAUCGUAAAUGCUUUUGAAUAUGCUUAUGAUUUACCCUAAGUAUUAUCUUGUGGUGUUUCUUUACAGAAAUUCUUGUGGGAGAGUGCAUAUUUUAAGCUUUCCCUCACUGCUUAUUCUGAAAACACAAUAAAAAGUAAUGUUGAUUGAAGAGAUGUUGUCAUUUCUGGAUGCCUCAAAUACACCUCAGGUUUUUCAUUCAAAUGGCAAGGACUCUUAGAAAUUCAUUCAGUGGUUCUUAAAGGGAUUCAAACUUCAUUUUCAAGAGGUUAAUGUGUCCAGGAAGUUUCAUAGUAAUAUUGAGCAGUGAAUAUAUUGCUUCAUGCUCUGUUACAAAAGAGAAUACCAAUGCAACUAUAUUUAAAAUAAGAUGUUCAAUAUCCUAUGCAAUGUCCAACUAGCUUUGUUUGGCUUUCAUAGGAAUAUUUCAUUUUAUCCUCACAAAAGCCUUAGGUGGAGACUGUGAUUUGCCAGAGGCUACCAAGUAAACUCUAUUGCUAGGUAGAGAUGCGAAAAGAAGCUUGUCACAUCUAAACCUAGCAUGCUAGUCACAUCACAGUGUAUUUUUCUGGUCUUGGAUGGAUGUAUUUAUUUAUUUGUUUAUUGAAAGAGGAGAGUGUAAAAUCCUGUAUUAACAUUAAUACGACUUUGCCAUUUGGUGGUUUGUGGUCACGUAUUAAUGACUCGUUCAUGUUAUGGGAAUAUCAGCAAAGGAUUAUUUUCCCCUUUUAAUGCAUUUAUAUAUUGUGAAGGUACUCUUGGCUAAGGUUGCUGUGAUAUGAUAAGAAUGUUUGCAAACAUGCUAACUCCUGAAGAUUCAGCUACACAAUGUAAAUAAGUUUGUGUGUAUGUAUGUGUUGACUCAGUUGAAUUUCAAAUACGGAUUUGAACUAGCCAGACACAUUUUUGCCUUGUGGUUUCAUAUAUCAUGAUUACAAUCUUCAUCUACAGAGUACAGUUUUGUGAAUCCAUGUCUUAACACAAUUAAUGAAGGAUUUGACGCUGAACUUUCCAUUCCGAUGCUAGAGAAUUUCAGUCUCAUGCAUACCUUUAAUGAUUACUGGUUUAUGCUGCUUAUUCUUAAAGCAUCCAACUAGAGGAUGAAAUAAAGGUGUCAUCCAGGGUGCUUCAUGGCUGAGCAGAGAUUAGAAAUUGGGUCUCCCCGAACCUAGUCCAGUACUCUAACCCACUAUGCCACACUGGUUCACAAUGCGCUACACAGACCCUGGUAGCAGAAAUUCAUACCAGCAUCCUCAAGUCUCAGGGUAAUGCUUUGUUUUGCAAUAUCAUCAUCAUAAGCAUGUGGUUAAUUUACCUGCCAGAAAGUUCUGCUUAUUUUCCCUCUCCCUUUUCCUUCGUGCUUUGGCCCAUUAAGUGGCUUUUAAUUAACCUGCUGCUGCUGUCCUUGUUAGGCAAAAGUAAUGGCUGCUAAAUAAAUAAUACUCCUUUCAAAUAUGCUAUCAUAAUUUUGGGGAUUUUUAAUGAAUGUGUAAUUAACCAUGUAAUGUGAAU